GACACGCAGAUGGUCACGUUGAGCUGCUGCGAUCUUUGACAUCCAGUGUGCGGGACCUCAGCAGAGGCAGCAGCGAAAGGUGCACUAUGGGCCGUCUGGACGGGAAAGUGAUUGUGUUGUCAGCUGCCGCGCAAGGGAUUGGACGUGCCGCAGCAAUAGCGUUUGCAAAGGAGGGAGCUCAAGUCACAGCAACAGACAUCAAUGGAGAGAAGCUGAAAGAGCUGGACGGCAUUCAAGGGAUCAAGACCAAGGUCGUGGAUGUGACUAAGAAGGACCAAGUGGAAGCCCUGGCCAAGGAACAUGAGCAUGUAGAUGUGCUGUUCAACGUUGCAGGGUUUGUGCACCACGGCUCCAUCUUGGACUGUGAAGAGGCCGACUGGGACUUCACAAUGAAUGUGAACGUCCGCAGCAUGUACCUCAUGUGCAAGGCUUUCCUGCCUAAGAUGUUGGCAAAGAAGUCAGGGAACAUUAUUAACAUGGCAUCUGUUGCAUCAAGCAUUAAAGGUGUUGUGAACCGGUGUGUCUACAGUACCUCCAAGGCUGCAGUGAUCGGGCUCACCAAGUCCAUCGCGGCUGAUUUCAUUGAAAAAGGCAUUCGCUGUAACUGUGUUUGUCCUGGUACUGUUGAUACUCCAUCACUGAGGGGCAGGAUCCAGGCCCAGCCUGACCCAGAACAGGCUUAUAAGGAUUUCAUGGCAAGACAGAAAACUGGCAGAAUGUGCACAGCUGAAGAGGUGGCGUACCUGUGCGUAUACCUGGCAUCUGAUGAGUCGGCCUAUGUGACUGGGACAGAGCAAAUCAUCGAUGGAGGAUGGAGACUCUGAGAAAACUGUACUGAGCUCAUCCCGACAGCAGUGGAGGCUGUUGGUUCCAUUCUCAUUUGAACUCCAAAUAAAGUGCACAAAUUUGACUUGAUCUUUUUUUUUUUUUUUUGAUUUUGCAUAUUAUGUUUACUGAUUCUGUGGGAGACUUUUGUCAUAUGAUUUUCCAUCUUAAUUAUAUGCUGCAAAUGUGUGCAAAGCCAAAAUAUUAAUUUGUUGACUAACAUUGUCAUAAAUGCACUAUAUCACGGCGACAAUGUACUGAUUAUCAAUUUAUAGUAGACUGAUCCCAUGUUAAAUGUUUUACAAUGCAAUCAGACAAAUGUUGAGUGUGAUUAAUGAUGAAAUAUGUUCAACGUCUAUUAAAACGUAUUUACCAAUA